AUGGGAUUGGGAGUUCUGGGAGACAAGCAUUUGGUGCAUGUCCCAGGCACCUGCGACAUCUACGAGACAAACGAACAAUCCCCCAUCGGCCUCAAAUGCGACACUUCAGGCUCAACGCCAAUCAUCCUCGUACCGCAACCCAGCAAUGAUCCCAACGAUCCAUUAAACUGGCCAUUAUGGCGCCGCGACCUCAUCCUCGCCAUCCUCUCCUUCGUCACAGUCCUCUGCACAACCCUCAGCUCCAUCCUCGCCGCGAACACCGUGACCAUCGCCGACUAUGAAGAGAUCACGUUUACCGCCGCGGCGUUACUGACCGGCUAUCAUCUUUGCGGCGUGGGAGUCGCGGGAAUAUUGAUCGUGCCAACUGCCCGGGUCUGGGGCAAGCGGCAUCUGUUUCUCCUCGGCCACGUGCUCAUGAUUGUGAGCUGUGUGUGGGCCGGCGCGAGCGGGAAAAACAAGAAUAGUCUACUAUGGGCGCGUGUCUUCCAAGGUGUUGCGCUAGCGCCGUUCGAGGCGUUGGUUAAUGCCUGUGUGGGAGACCUUUAUUUCGUUCAUGAACGAGGCAAACGAAUGGCAGUUUCGAACGUUGCGCUGUUCGGCGCUGCGUUCCUGACGCCCGUGGUGGUGGGCAAGAUCACGAAGACCAUGGGGUGGCAGUGGUCGUUUUACUUUGUUGCUAUCUUUCUUGGAGCUUCACUGCCGCUGAUGUUCUUCUUUGUGCCUGAGACUGCGUUCCGACGACCGGAGAAUCUAAACACGGAUUUCAAGCGCAGUGGUGGACAGGGGGAAUCAAGCGAGUCUCAUGUAUCGUUCGGUGGAGCUUCGAGCGAUGAGACGAAAGGAUUGAGCCCUGGCUCGAACGCGGCGGCUGAGACAGCGGUGCCGGUUCCAGAGAAGGAUUCGUUUGUGAAAUCGCUCCGACUGUUUAAUGGGCGGAAAACCGACGAGAGCUUCUUCAAACUGCUCCUACGUCCAUUCCCGCUGUUCUUACAUCCGGGCAUACUUUGGGCAUGCCUCACUCAAGGCGUAGUGAUCGGCUGGGCAGUCUUCUUCGGCGUGGUCCUGGCAAUUGUGUUUCUCGGGCCACCACUGUGGUUCGAGGAAGACAAGACCGGGUAUCUCUACACGGGGGCCUUCAUCGGCUCCAUUGUGGGUCUGGUUCUGUCCGGGUUGCUUUCCGACUCUAUGAACAAAGUGAUGAUUCGGUUCAACCACGGCAAGUAUGAACCCGAGUUCCGGAUUUUGCUGGUGAUCUUCCAGCUCAUCUUCUGUGGGAUUGGGCUCUAUGGAUUCGGGUGGACUGCCAACGAUGUGAUGCGAUAUGGCUGGUUGCUGCCCGAUGUCUUCUUUGCAUUCUUGAUUGUCGGCAUGGUGAUGGGCGCGGUUGCCGCGUCGCUCUACAUCGUUGAUGCCCAUCGUGAAAUGGCCAUCGAGGCAUUCACCUGCAUGCUCGUUUUCAAAAACAUGUUUAGCUUUGUCCUGACGUUCUAUGCGUACGAAUGGUUCUCCCAUGGAGGCAUCAAGCAUACCAUGGUUGUCCUUGGUAGUAUUCAGGUGGGGAUCUGCCUGUUGAGCAUCCCCAUGUAUCUUUUCGGGAAAUGGAACCGGUCGUUCUUCGCGCGUCAUGACAUCCUCGAGUUGCUGCAUCUCCGCUAA